UGAAAAGUAAUGGAGAGAGGUCCUGCGAUGACACCGGCCAGCUCUUUCAGUACCCUGGGACGAAUCCCAUCAGGCCCCAUAGAUUUAUGCACAUCCAGCUGGAGCAGCAAGUCUUGAACAAGUUCAGGGUCUGCUGGGAGUUUAUCAUCCCCCUAGUUACGGUCUUCCAUCACAGGGCUCCGGGGGUCCCACGGCCCAUCAUCAGUGUUAAAGACAGAGGUGAAGAAGGUAUUAAACGUCUCUGCUUUGUCUACGUCUCUAUUUGUGAGGUGACCAACCUCAUCAAGUAAGGGACCAAUGUUAUCUCUGAUCCUCUACUAAGAGUUUUCACCCACAGAAGAUGGCCAGCUGCCUUACUGCUUGUAUGUAGAAGAUAACAAUCAUAAAAUGUUGCUAACAUUCCCCAGUUUCUAAAAGCCACCAACAUCCUGGAAAGACAGCUUGUCACUGGAAGUCUUGAGCAUACUGCCCAGUGCUACGUAUCCCCGAUGAGAAAUUUCUGGAUGUAGAAAUGGAGGCAGGUACCAGCCAGAAUGGGGAACAGUGUCCCAGGCCCAGUACUCUGCUAACAUUGUUAUUUCUCUGAUGUGGCCCAGUGGUGCACAGGCUGAUGGGAAAAGGGUACUCAAAGAGGACUGAUAAAUUAGCACCCAAACAGUUGAUUAAUUCACUGUAACUUACUUCAACUGAGGGAUUUUGAUGAAAACAGGCUAUUUCCUUGACUCUUGAAAAACGAGUCUCUGGCAAGAGAAGGUCGGGCUGCUGAAAGGUACAUUUGUGGAGACAUACUGUCCUCUCGGCUAUCCUUGUCUCCUACCUCAUGCUGCAAGAGGAACAAAAGUGAAUGUAAAACCACAGAAAAUGCCCCAUCGGGGCAGAAAGCAUAGUCCAGACACUGUAUCUAGUAGUGGCAGGAGGACAUGCUUUUUAGGGAAAGCAGACAAGCCUGGCCACUAUUUGUGGUUCAUUAUGAUCCGGUCACAUUACCUCAAUACCCACAAUGACUGUGGUUGGGAACCCUGCAUCUUCCCUUUAGUGUCUGUUUAUGGGCUUGUUACCAUGAAUUUCUCAGAUUUCUUUUGGCCCUGUCCUGCCAUCUGUGUCCAGUUUACUGAGGCAGCAGAUUCCAGAAGUUCACAGCUUGCCAUGUAAAUAAGUACUUGUCUCUGUUUUAAACUGAUCAACUAAUCACAGUAAGCGCCAGUUCUUGCUAUACAAAUGUCUCAUCAUUAAUCACUGAAACACUUGUCUGCAUUUGAAAGGCUGUGCUAGCCUAGAGAAUUUUCCACUGGCUCAGUGGGAGCUAUAACAUGUAACUGACAGCAGCACUUGAUCUUAAAAGAGCAACUUAAAACAUCCCCAGAUGCUCCAUUCAACAGAAGCAAAUCCUCCAUCCACCAAACGGUGUGACUGUGGCAUGAUAAUUACAGUAUCCGUGGUCAUUGCAUUUCAGCAGCUGCACUCAGCUGGCUAAAAGAAGUAAGAAAGUAUUUUUAUCCACAAGCCUGUCCUGGAACUGGACCACUAGAUGUAUCCACUGGAAACUCCUUGAAAAGCAAGGCAUGUUAGGCUGCACAAAGAAUGUGUUUGGGAACAGAAACUGAAACAAAUGUAAGACUAAUAAAGAGACAUCCAUCGCUCAAGAGGCAACAGACAAAUCCAGAAAUAUCCAUGGCUGCUGUCGCUGAUAGAGGUGCUGCACCCAGAGAGAACAUCCAAGGGUGGAAGCUACAGCCAAAUGACUUCAAAAGAAAUUACUUGCCUGGCCAACAUCCAAAGGUGGUGUACAUGCUGUAUGAAAUCAGGUGGAGCAGAGGUACCAUCUGGAGGAACUGGUGCUCAAACAAUUCUACCCAACACGCUGAAGUCAACUUCUUGGAAAAUUGUUUCAAGGCCACGCCAUCUGUUUCUUGUUCCAUCACCUGGGUCCUAUCUACUACCCCCUGUGGGAAAUGCUCCAGAAGAAUUCUGGAGUUCCUGAGGGUAUAUUCCAAUGUGACCUUGGAAAUAUACGCAGCCAAGCUGUUCAAGCACCUGGAUAUCCGUAACCGGCAAGGUCUCAGGGACCUGGCAAUGAAUGGAGUCAUUAUACGUAUCAUGAAUCUUUCAGAUUACAGUUACUGCUGGAAAAGAUUUGUUGCAUACCAACAUGGAGAAGAGGAUUAUUGGCCCUGGAGCUUCACUUCAUACAUCUUUCUGAAUCAGACAGAGCUCUCUCAUAUCCUUUUGGUUAGUAGGCACUUGAAGAAAACACUGAGAGAGAAAAGUAGUGCAAAAUCCUAGGAAAAGGAGGUUUGGAAGAUCCCGGCAAUAGUGUUAGCAGAAACAAUAGUAGGAAAAAUAAGCACGGGCUUGAUGCUGCAUGAACAGAGGGCCGAGCGGGCAAGAGAUUGCCAAGGACUAUGAUCUUGUCCUCAUUGUGCCUUUGUGGCCAGGAGUAGAGAAGAGAUUUAGCAAUACUCUCACUUUUUUUACGAAGGAAAUGGUAAACUAUUUCAACCCUUUACAUGGAUCAGCUACAAGUUCAUUAGCUUGCAGCUUACUGGAGCUAUUUGAUCCCAAAAGCUCCUUCAGCUGUGUAAACAUGAUUCAAGUACACUUGUAUUGCCUCUCAGGACAAGACCACUGAUUUUAGUUAAGUUCUGAGCAAGUUCAAAAGCCCAGAUGGGUGGAUUCACUUUCAGAAUCAGACCUUACACAUAAGAGUAUCAUAUGAUUGAGAUCUGCAUUCCCUAUUUCUUGCAAUCCAUACAACUGCAAAAAGUUAUUUCUAUGGCCUGAUAUCCUACUAUACAAGAAAGAGAAGGUGGUCUACUGAACAGGAGAGAAGACCAGGACUGGAGUUAACUUCCUGGCUCAGCCACCCUUUGUGGAGCAAGCCAGUUCUUCUUGAACUGGUCCCUGUAUGUAGAACAGGGGCUAGCAGAAUGGACAGCAGGAGAUAGAGGAGGGGAUGCACAGAACUACAUAAUACAGACAGGAACUUAAAAGUCUAGAAGGAGAAAAACUAACCUGUUUGUAGGAUGCUAUAAAUGCCUUGUUUCAUUUCUAACUGAGGAAAAGUUAUGCAUUAGCGUUCAUUUCAGUUCCAUCCACUCCAAAGUUUACACAGGUCUUUUAAUACCUCAGGUUAGGUAUUAGGUAUACCUCAGGAAAGGACCUGACCUUUCUAAUUCUGUCUAAGACAUUCAGGUGACAGGAUACACAGUCAGCGGCAUUAUCCCGCCAGUCAGCUGAUCUAACAAAGUAGUUAAUGAAAUGUAACUGUUUAGGAGAUAUUUUUCCCUUGGCUUUCAGCCUUCCAGAGUCUCCUAAUGUCUGAGAUGAUGAAAUAAUUUAGCAACUUACGCACAAUCAAAUGCAUAGUGUGAUGCUUACCAGGGAGCUGAACAGAGCCGUCUGCUAAAUGCUUGUGAGUACUGACAAACUGCAGCUGACUCAGCACAGUUCCCUGGGCAGCAGGACAUGGCAGAUAUGCCCUUCAGGUCUUGGUUUUAGAGACAGCUAACAAAAACCUGUCCCUCCCUGUGCCCCUGGCAACCCUGUUGUUUACUGCAGAGUCCCGGUGCCUAGGAAGCUUGCACUGGGACACCCAUGCUGAGAGUCAGGCACUUGCUCAACUGCUUUGCCGUCUCGGCGAAACUCAAGCCACCCCUAAAAUGAAGGUGAACAGGGCCCGUUAUCAAUAGUUCUGACUAACCACUAACCCCCCCCAGAAGGAAUGGGAAGGUCUAUGUGCUCAGCCCUUGCAAACACCCAGCCCCAUUGUACUAAUUACACAGGGGUGUAAUGAGGAGAGUGAGUUCCAGGCACGUGCUCCAGAGAAAUACAGACCGUUGCGUCAAGUCGUGCCCCCCCUGCAUAAGAAAGACACUGAGGAACCAGAGAGGGUUUGGUGGAGUACCACUGCGAUGCUCAGGGGGCUGGAGCACUUGCCCGACGAGGAGAGGCCGAGGGAACUGGCUUUGUUAGACCUAAAGAAAAGGAGGCUAAGGGGGAUCUAGCUGAAGUGUCCCACUACAUAAAGGCAACAAAGGCAGCCAGGCCCUCCUCAAAGCUGCACAGAGGAAAAAUGAGGCAACAGGCACAAGCUGCAACAGGGGAAAUUCCAACUGGAAAGAAGGAAGAAGUCUCCCCAACAGCGGUGCCGUACUGGAGCCGGUGCCCAGAGAGACUGUCAGAUCUCCAUCCCUGGAGAUGCUGAGAACUUUCCUCUAGAGCUGCCAGAUGUAGCUUUGGAGUUAGCCAUGCCGCAAACACGUUGUUGGACUAGAGACCUCUAGACAGCUUUUCCAACCCCCAAAAUUCUGCCUUUCCACAGGAUCUAGCUCCACUUCCCCUGAAUUCAGCUACGCAAUCUGCCACCUUUUAAAUGCUUCUGUUUCUGAGUGGUCUGGCUUUCUAGGAGGGGUUUACACGGCACGGUAAAUUCCGAGGUGCUAUCCUGUUGUCUGGAAAGCUGUGUCCCAAGGGAGAUUGUCUAACAUGCAGGACGUGGAUCAGAGCAAUCUCUUGGACUAGAUGCUGUAUUUUGAAAGUCUGGAUCAUGUUGAAGGGACAACUUAAGUUUUUAGCACCUAAUUUUUAAUGUUCAUGUUUCUUUCUUCCUGCUAGGGACUUCCGCCUUUGCUGGCAAACUGAAUACUAACAAGCAUCAGCAGCAUGUUUCAAGCUCACUUUGUGCAUCAUAGCACUAUUUACAAGACUGGAAAAGCCGGUCCCUGGCAGUCUUUUCUACUGCAGCCUUGAACUAUCAGCUUCAUACUGCCACCAGAGAAGGCUCUUAUCACUGGCUGGGCAUUGCUAAGUAUUGGACACAGCAGAAGAAGCACAUGAAAAACCAUCAAGAAGUUCUGAUGAUGCAGCCAGGACGCAGUGCUCUUGGUCUUUACAAGGCUUCCUGAGAGUCCAAUGGGGAUGGUGACCAUGCCCCAGGAUCAGGCCUUUCAUGUCUGCUGAUUCUGCAAUCAGAUUCUGUGAGUACCCUCUUGAGAGGCCCGUGAGUAACAUUUUUUGUGCUCUGAUCUGUUCCAAAGAAAUAAUCAGGGCAAUGCAUUCUGGUUUUGAGAAUUUCAUGAAGAUCACUUUUAUGGCUAUGUGUGUAUGCUUCAGAAAAUACUUCAUGCUAUUGCAGUAUUUCUGUAAUAUUAUUAUUAUA